GGCGAAUGCUUGAAGGGUUUAUGAUACAAUUGCUGCAAGCAAAACAAGUAGAGCCCUGAUUCACAGCGUUUCAUCCUACCUCGGAAAGCCAGAAGCCGCAUUCUUUCUCUCUCUAAAACUUCCGCUCUUUCUCCCUAAACUCUCUCCUUCUAUUAACUUCUCUGCUGCCGUCCGGGAGAGGAUUUAUAGAAGUUGAAGCGAUUACAGAGAGACUGUUCAGAGCUCUCUUUUGUAUUUGUUUCAUUGCUUCCAUGGUUUUUGUUUUUCGAAUUUAAUAGAAAGAGUGUUGGUUUGAGGUUAUUUCGUCUGAUUGUUGACUGGAGACGUUGAACCGACUGGGAAACUUUCAGUUUUGGAGUGAAAAUUCUGUAGAGGAUUGGAAGUUGGGGUCUGAGUUUGGUGGAAUGGAGCUCGAAUCUGCUUCUCAGAGUCGGGAAUCAAUUUUGGUUUCAUCUUCAGCAUGGAGAUUUAUCCAAGGAUCUCAUUUCAAAACUUCUUAAGUUCUCCUUGAAGAUUCAUGUAUAACGAAAUGGCAAAACAGGAUUCAUGUAGCUGAGCUCAGAUGAUGUGAUGGAUUCUCCUUGAGGACUGCAACACAAGGUGUUGCUAUUGGAUUGACCAAGGUUCAAAGUAUUAAUACACCUGAUACUGAUGAAAAUGCAUAUUGGGUGUUUCAGAUGAGGAUGAAAAAUGUGCACACCAGCAAAUUAGACAGAGUACAUACUCUAAAAUUCAAUGACAAGAAAAUUUUGUAGGAGGCUUACAUUAUCAUAUAUGGGUUAAAGAUAUUAAGGAGUACAGGUUCGGGUUGUGAUCUUUACCUGAGUCCUAGGAUGUUCUCAAGUUAUUACUUCUUUGGCACUGGAUUAUCUAAGUGAAAUUAAAUAUAUUCUUUUUUGUAUGCAUAUUUUCAAUAAGUUAUCUCAAUGGCAUCAUCUAUGAGAAGAGUGGUCUUUGGACCUUUCUCUUUCAGAAAAAGCUCUCAAUUUGGAAUUUAUGCUGCUUCAGUUAUUUGGCAAGCUGGCAUAAGAUCAAUUUACAUGGGAGAAGACAUCCAUAAUUCUUUGGGGACAAGGUUAUCACAUAUAUUCCAUAAAUCAUAUAGGCAUCAAUGCUCUAGAUAUUUUUCUUCUGCCAUUCAGCCAGGAAAGAUUUGUUGGGAAGCUUCCUCCCAUGAAAUUUUACUGCAAAAGCUUGAAAAUGCUUUAAAAGAUCAACAAAUGGGUGAAGCAUUGGAUGCAUUUAAUGAUUUUAGAAACUUAUAUGGUUUUCCUAAACACUCUCUUGUGAGGAGGUUGAUAACUGAGCUUUCCUAUUCAUCUGAUUCCCACUGGCUUCGAAAAGCAUAUGAUCUAGUCCUCCUGAUUUCAAAAGAGAAAUCCACUUUUCUUAAUCAUGAUUGCUUGACGUUGCUGGCUCUCUCCCUAGCAAGAGCUCAAAUGCCUAUUCCUGCAUCCACGGUCCUCAGAUUGAUGAUGGAAAAACACAAAUUCCUACAGAAGGAUAUAUUACGGAUGGUCUUUAUUCAUAUGGUCAAGACAGAAAUUGGGACAUACCUUGCAUCUGAUAUCUUGGUUGAGAUAUGUGAUUUUCUCCUGAAUCAUAUGGCAUAUCGCAGAGAAAAAAGUUUCAAGGGUAAGUUGAUAAAUCCUGAUACAAUGAUUUUCAACCUUGUUUUGGAUGCAUGUGUAAGGUUCAAAUCAACCUUGAAGGCUCAACAAAUAGUAGAGUUGUUGGCACAGGUAGGUGUUGUAGCUGAUGCAAACUCAAUUGUGAUAAUUUCCCGGAUCCAUGAGAUCAAUGGACAGAGGGAUGAGUUGAAAAAAUUUAAAGAGCACAUUGAUGUGGUUUCAGCUCCUUUUCUUCGCCAUUAUCGGCAGUUCUAUGAUAGUCUAUUGAACUUGCAUUUCAAAUUUAAUGACAUUGAUUCUGCUUCUAGGCUUGUUUUGGACAUGUAUCAUGAAAGGUCUUGCUGUUGCUCUGAUGGGCUUUUUCCAAGAGAUAGGAAGGACUCUCAAAAUCCUCGCUUGGUUCCAGUUGGAUCUGGCAAUCUGAGAGCAGGAUUGAGAAUGUGUAUUGAGCCUGAGCUGUUGCAGAAAGACUUUGUUCUUGAAAUGGAAAACCGACCAGAACUUGUUUUAUUCAUGAAUGGGAAAUUUGUUCUUAGUAACAAGGCCCUUGCCAAACUCAUAGUUGGCAAUAAGAGAGAUGGAAAGGUUGGUGAAAUUUCAAAGCUUUUAAUUAGCAUUCAAAAGAUGUCAGGUUCAUUAGAAGUGGACUUGAUAUCAGAUGUGAUAAAUGCUUGCAUUCAGUUGUGCUGGCUGGAAAUUGCUCAUGACAUUUUGGAUGAUAUGGAAUCAGCAGGUAUGGCAAUAGGCUCAGCUACACAUGUUUUUCUUCUUAGAGCCUAUUGCAAAGAAAAUAUGUUCAAAGAAGCAAUGGUAGUGCUAAAACAAAUGAGGAAGGCUGGUCUGCUUGUUGAUUUGUCUGAUGAAGAGGUUAUCUCCUCGUGUCUUUUAGAAGAAGGUAAGAUUGGUGCUCUUGAUAUGAAAUCUGAAACAUCAGUUGGAAAAUUGGGUUUGGUUGAGUCUUUGACCCAAGAGAUAAGAGAGGAGGAAAAAGCAAUCUCCUCUAUAAUUUAUACAAUUGAUUCUUCAGUUUACUUCUUCUGCAAGGCUAAAAUGAUGGAGGAUGCAUUGAAGACAUACCGUAAGAUGCAAGACAGGAAAUUAUGUCCAACUGUGCAUACUUUUGCUAAUUUGGUAAAUGGAUAUUCUUCUUUGGAGAUGUAUCGUGAGAUCACAAUCUUGUGGGGUGAGAUCAAGAGGAGAAUGGAUACCGGAGAUUUAGCAGCUGACAGGGAUUUGCAUGACUUUGUGCUAUGGAAUCUUAUACGAGGUGGAUAUUUUGAGAGAGCGAUGGAGGUCCUAUCUUACAUGACAAAGCACAACAUGUAUAUUGAUAAGUGGAAGCAUAAGAGGGUGUUUCUGAAGUUUCACAAGGAUCUCUACAGAAACUUAAAAGCAUCAAAGGCCAAAACUGAGGCUCAGAAGGAAAGGAUUGAGCAUGUCCGGGCAUUUAGGAAAUGGAGUGGCAUUGAUUGAGAGACUGGUGAGUACUCCUAGAAAGAUCCAAGCCCUAUAAGUUGGUUCUUUAUUCUUUGUUAAAACAGAUUGGUUUAUAUCUUUCUUAAUUUUUUGUCUUCUUUUUUUUUAUGAAUGAUACUUUUUUUUUGUCUUCUUUUUAAUUAUCAACUCUUGGGCUGUGAUUGGUUUGAAAGAAAAUAAGAGAAACAGAACAAACUACAUAUUUCUUGAAUCAGAACAUUUCUCAUAAACAUUGCCAUAA